UCGGCUAGGACUAUUGGUACGAAAAACAAUGUUAAAGUCAAUUCUAUUUAGUGCGCUUUUCGCUGUAGUGUCUUCAGAAAAACUCAGAUAUGAUAAUUUUUGUCUGUAUAAAGUACUUCCCGAUAGUGACGAACAUGUGAAAUAUUUAAAUAGUUUGUAUGAAGAAUCAGAUGGUUUGGAGUUUUGGAUAGCACCACGUGAUGCUGGGGAUUAUGUCAGUGUUGUAGCGACGCCAGAAAGGAGAGAUGAGUUUGAACGUUCCCUUCAAAAACGUAGUAUAAAUUAUAAAGUCAUGCUUCAAAAUAUACAAGAAGCACUAGAUAAUCAAGUUGUGGGUAGAAGAAAGCGAGAUGUGAGCAAUGAAAUGUUUUGGACUAACUAUCAAACUAUGGAAGACAUAUAUAACUGGCUCCAGUACUUAGCUACAAAUCAUAGUAACCUUGUGUCUCUUAUACACGCGGGAACAUCUUACGAAGGUAGGAAUAUCACUGGUGUCAAAAUUUCACGAGGCUCUGGAGACAAGAAGUUUUUCAUUGAAGGAGGUCAGGUUGCAGCUGAUUGGCUUUCACCCACGGUUAUAACUUAUUUAAUAGACCAGCUGGUUAAAGGUGAAGACUCUGAAGCCAGAGCAGUAACAGAAGAAUUUGAAUGGCAUAUAUUUCCAAUUACAAAUCCAGAUGGACACGAAUACAGUCAAGAUGCUAUUCGUCUUUGGAUGAAGAACCGCCGACCAACUGGAUCUUCAGUUGGUGUUGAUCUUACAAGGAACUGGAAUUCUCAAUGGGGAGUUAGUGGGGCGAGUUUCAAUCCGGCAAAUAGUAAUUUUGUUGGUUUGGGUCCGUUUUCUGAACCCGAAACUCGAGCAGUCUCCAACUACGUAGAGAGUAUUGGUCAAACUCUCUCUGGUCUAUUGUCGUUAAGGAGUUUUGGACAAAGACUAAUCAUUCCAUUUGCGCAUACUGAACAACCAAUGUAUAAUUAUAACGAGAUGAUCACAGUGGGAAGACGAGCAAUGGGUUCUUUAGCGGUCAAAUACAAUACACAGUACACUGUAGGAAACUCAAGACAAGUUUUCGAUGGCGCUACAGGAGCUAUAGCAGAUUGGGCAAAGUAUCGAUUCAAUCCACCAGUAGUGGCGACAUACGCGUUAAGAGACGAAGGUUCGUGGGGAUACACACUUCCUGUAGACCAAGUCAAGCCGACUUGUGAAGAAACUUACGACUCCAUAUUGGCUAUUGUUAGAGAAGCGAAAUUUAUAAAGAUUCUGUAAAAAUUGUAAAUAAAUAAUAUAAUUUAAUUAAAAA